UAACAGAUAUUAUUUCUAACCAAUUCUACGGCUCUGAGCAUUAUUUUCUGUCUGAUUUGAAGAAAUGGGAAACACUGCAUCACUUUCGCACUGCUGUCUCCACACCAUUGCAUCUUCCCGGUCGCCGGUGACGCUGAUUUUCCACGACGGGAAGUCCCGCGUACUCGCCGGGAAACGGCGCGUGGCCGGGGAGGUGAUGUUCGAGUUCCCGGACUGCAUGGUUUGCCAUGCACAUUCCUUCUUCAUCGGUCAACCGCUGCCGAUUCUGGCCAUCGACGACGAGCUCGUAGCGGGGCAGACCUACCUGGUCCUUCCGCUCGACUGUUUCGCCACCACCGUCCUCUCCGCCUCCUCUCUCGCCGCCUUGGGGCGCAGCCCCAGGCGCGCCGCCACCGCGCCGCCGGCCAAUUUCAGGAGCGCGGCGUUUGAGUACGUUAAGGGAUCCAACGGUAGGGUUUCGAUCAAGGUUGUGCCGGAGUUUAUAGUGAAUCUUCUGAGUGGAAACAACGGAGAGAAUUUGCAGGCCGCCGGCGGCGACGAUGGCGAUGACUGUAAGAUUCUGUGUAGCACGCCGGAGUUGAAGAAGCAUUACGAGCAACUUGUGGGGUCCAGAGAUCAGGUGUGGUCUCCGAAGCUUGAGACCAUUACAGAGUACAAAAUCAGGUAUUCUCCCUGCAAAUUUAUAGGGUUGGAGUGGAAGCAGAAAGAGGGUGAAGGUAAUCAUUAGUUAAUCGAUCGAUUUGUGCAAUAAUUGUUAGGGUUUUGAGUUUUCAUGAUUCUAUGCUGAUCAAUCAAUUGUAAAGUGACAUAUAUCCUGCCUGAUUCUUUGUUCAGAUCAGAAGAAUUCUUGUGUAAAUUACAGUAUUAAUUAAGCAUAUGUUUAAGCUAGCUAGCAAGGUAGCUUCUUUAGUUAGUGAAUUCUUGCUUGUGUAUACAUAUAUAUAUAUGUUUUAAUUUAUUGGAUUGAAACCUUAAUUA